AUGACGGAUUUAUCAUCGAAUGAUGCUUGGCGAGAGAUACUAUCGUUCUCCAAGAUUCGAGACCAAUCUGUUGAUGGAGAGAAUCAGAUGCUAGAACAAGAAAAUUGCGUACCGUUGUCCUCAAUUUUGCCAGUUCUAAAAGUGAACAAUAAUCAGUGCCAUGCAUGGAUGAAGGGAACUUGCACCAGAGGGGAGAAAUUCCAGUUUCUUCACGAUGCCAACACCUCGAGUUCAAGACAGAGCCAACUUGAUAAAGAACACCACACAAAUCUGGCUCGAGCGAAGGCCGAAGAAGCUAGGAAAGAAAAUUGUCGCCUGUAUCAGGAGGAAACCCAGAGGAGGAGAGAUGAAGAGCGGCGCAGACAAAAGGGAGCCCGGAUCCGUCAGGAAGAAGAACGGCGUCGAAUCGAUGAAGAGCAGCGCACAGCAGAUGCCCAGCGGACCCAUCAAUGUAUCAUCUUCGGGUCCAUCGUUACCUUCAGCUCCGGCCUUUCCAUACAGAAUAUAAUCGCCGGCUUUGACUCUUGCAGAAUUCGGGUCAAGAAUAUUCCUCACGAUGCCCAUCCGAACGAAGUCCAGGAUCUCUUCAUACAACAAGGCCUCGAUAUAUCCAAAUUCCAUGUCUUAUCCGUGAACAGAACCAGUGACAGUAAGCAGGAUGUCGAUGUCGUUACCACUGUUACCGUCGCGCAGAGGUUAGCCGCAAGUCUUGAAGGGAUGGAGUUCAGGAACGAAAGGCUGGAAUUUGAAAUUGGCACAUUCAAUCAGCCUGGUGGUAUGGGUGUGUUGGCGCCUCGAGAUGGGAACGUCCUCACCAUUUCAUGUCAAGCCCCGUCUAGGACCUUCAUCGUCGAGUAUCCUGACAUGGAAACUUGUCGUUCAAAGGUGAUGGAAUUGAAUGGUCGCAUUUGUUCCGGCAGAAGGAUGAAGGUUGAGAUGAACCAACUAACUCCUGGUUGUCGCAAUUUCCGACCAAAUACAAUCAAGAUCUCUAAUGUCCCUGAUAUUCCUUCGGCCUCAGUAUGCAUUUUCGCCCAGUCCAAUUAUGAGGAUGUCAGGCUUCUCAAGUCUUGCAGUUUCAACGUUGGUGCUGUCUCUCGUCAGCUACAACGACAUAUUGAAGAGGUCGGUGGCGUUGAGGUUCAUGCAUUUGAUGUAACCUCCAUAGGUGACACUGGAGCCGGAAUAAUCUCCAUACGUGUUCGUUUCGACAGCUGGGAUAGUGCCAAAAGGGUUCAAGACUUCCUAGCCAAUCGACGUUUUGAUUUCAUUGGUGACUCCAUGUUCUGGUUCAAACUACCACCACAGGAGGUUUACAGCAUCAUCAUCUCGCCAGAUCAGUAUCGCGCCCAAGUCAGCCUUUGGACAGAAUUACAGAAGAGUAUCAAAGAUCGCAAAGCAUGCGAUCUCUUCAUUCGCCAGAUGCCUCAUGGGGACUUUCGCAUUCAAGUAUCAGGAGCUGUCAGGGCUGCCGUCGGUGCUCUCAAAGUACACGUCGAGAGUAUUGCUGCUGGUGAAAAGUUUGAUCAAUGGCACGAGCACCUGGUGCGGCCACCGGCUGCUCUGAAGGAGAGGAUGGCAGAUGCGGGUGCUUUCAUGCGGGCAGAUUUCAAGGCGCGUACCAUUAAAUUAUACGGAAAUUCGGUAGCCAUCGCGCAAGGCAAAACGAUCUUGAAAGAAGAGCUCGAUCGUCUUAUGUCGCUACAAUUUUCGCUGAAGCUGGAGCAUCAAUCGGCGGGAUACUUCCUCCGCACCGGUCUCAGUGCAAUGAAGGAGGUAUUCGGAGAAGACUGCAUUACCCUCGACAGGAGCUCAGAGAGAAUCACUAUCCGAGGUGGCGAAGAAGUCAGACUCCACCUGAAAAACCACAUCGCCGAGUCUCUAAAGACGGUUAUUUUCCAAGUCGCACCAGGAACUCAUACCUGUCCCGUCUGCCAUGACGAAGCCUCCGCACCAUUCCAGCUAGUCUGUCAGCAUGUCUAUUGUACAGCGUGUAUCCGACAUUUCUUGACAUCUGCAGCGGAGACAGGUGUAUUCCCUUUGGUAUGCAUGGGCAACGAUGUGACUUGCGUCACUCCGAUAUCCAUUCCUGUUCUUCAGAAGUUUUUGUCUCAGAGCUCUUUCGAACAUCUCCUCGAGACGGUCUUUACAUCAUAUCUCGAUAAACAUCCCCAGGUGUUUGGGUACUGCAAGACCCCAUAUUGUAUGCAGAUCUAUCGCAAGUCGAAAUCUCCAUCUCUUUUGCGCUGUCCAUCAUGCUUCUCCAAAUGCAUGGGCAUUUUCCCCACGAACGAGAUCUACAGGCACAUGAAUGCCGAGCAUGGAGGGUUCUAUACUGCUGAUUCCACUCCCAGUGCAAAUAACAAUGUGCCUCCAGAACCCUUCCAGGGUGCUGAUUAUGGGGAACAAGCAGGGCUCUUCCCCCAGGCUUAUCAGCAAUGA